AUGGCUCCUUAUCUAGAUCCGUCUGGUUCUCCUUCCCCCAUAUCAAGCCCGCCGAGCAAUGGCGAGGAGCGGCGCGCUGGUGCUGCUCCGGCAAUCGCCAUUUGCGGCAUGGCUCUUCGUCUCCCUGGUGGCAUCUCAACUCCCGGGGAAUUCUGGGACCUUCUUGUCAACAAGCAGGAUGCCCGAGGUCUUGUACCCGAGUCGAGGUACAAGGCUUCCAGCUUCUACUCCAAGUCCGGCAAACCGGGUCAUAUUGCCACUGAGUAUGGCUACUUUCUUGACCCCUCCGUCGACAUAGGGGCCCUUGACACAAGCUUCUUCAGCAUGCCCAAGGUUGAAGUGGAAAGGGCGGAUCCUCAACAGCGUCUUCUACUUGAGCUUACGAGAGAGUGUCUGGAAAGCGCUGGGGAGGUUGACUACCGUGGCAAGACCAUCGGCACCUUCGUGGGAUCCUUUGGCGAGGACUGGCUCGAGCUGUUCGGCAAGGAUCCUCAAUUGUAUGGCACGUACAAAAUCACCGGCUAUGGCGACUUUGUGCUGCCCAAUCGGAUCUCCUACGAGUAUGAUCUCAGGGGCCCUAGUAUUCUUAUCCGCACGGGAUGCUCUUCGGCUUUGAUCGGUCUCCAUGAAGCGUGCAUGUCAAUCCAGCUUGGCGAGUGCAAUUCUGCUCUCGUAGCAGGCACUAAUCUUAUCUUGGCUCCGGGACUUACCAUCUGCAUGUCGGACCAGGGUGUCUUGUCUCCGAACGGCUCAAGCAGAUCAUUCGACGCCGACGCAGACGGAUAUGCUCGCGGAGAAGCUAUCAAUAUGAUUUACGUCAAGCGGCUCGACCAUGCAAUCCGUGACGGCAACCCUAUCCGUGCGGUCAUUAGGGGCACGUCCAGCAACGCGGACGGCAAGACGCCUGGGAUGAGCGUUCCGAGCUCCGAGUGCCACGAGGCAAUGAUUCGCAGGGCCUACGAGAAAGCUGGAAUCUCUGACUUCGGACAGACGGCCUUCGUAGAGUGCCACGGCACUGGAACAGCAGCCGGCGACCCCAUCGAAGCCGCCGCGGUUGCCAGUGUCUUUGGCCAUAGUGGAGUGUACAUGGGUUCGGUCAAGCCCAACGUGGGUCAUUCCGAAGGCGCAUCUGGCCUCACGUCGCUUAUCAAGUCGGUUCUGGCGCUCGAACACCAGAUCAUCCCUCCGAACAUCAAAUUUAAUAAGCCAAACCCCAAGAUCCCAUUUGCAGAGAAGAAACUGACGGUUCCCGUUGACCCUGUUCCCUGGCCAAAGGACAAACACGAACGAGCCUCUGUCAAUUCCUUUGGUAUUGGCGGUGCCAAUGCUCAUGUCAUUAUCGACUCGGCCAGAACGUACAUUAACAACUAUGAAACGUUGAAUCUGGGGGCUCCGUCCAGUGAAGUGCAGCUGCUGGUCUUUUCCGCAAACACUUCCGACUCGUUGCGGCGUCAAAUCGUUCGAAAUCAGAAGUACCUUGAACAGUCACCAGCAGCAGCGUGCGACAUUGCCUACACUCUUGGCUCGAGGCGUACGCAUCUUAAUCACCGGGCUUUCUCGGUCGCCAAUAACGGCAUCAUAUCCUAUUCGUCGCCUUUGGGCAAAGCCCCACAAUCAUCCACCGAUAUCAUCAUGGUCUUUACUGGCCAGAGCGCGCAAUGGCCACAGAUGGGUCUCGAACUUCUGCGGUCAAACGCCAUUUUCGAAAAGUCAAUUCGGCGCAUGGACAAAAUUCUACAGAACCUGCCUGACGGCCCCGAUUGGUCUAUUGCCGCGGAGCUGGCCAAACCAGCGGGAGAAAGCAACUUGGAUCAGGCUUACAUUUCGCAGCCCCUCUGCACCGCGGUGCAAGUUGCUUUGGUAGACGUGCUUGCUGAGCUCGAUGUCAGGCCCUGGGGCGUUGUGGGCCAUUCGUCUGGAGAGAUGGCGGCGGCAUACGCUGCUGGGAGGCUUACUCUCGAAGGGGCCAUCGCUGCGGCAUACUAUCGCGGUAUCGUGUCCGCCAAGAUCCGGAGGGCCGGUGCUAUGGCUGCCGUCGGUCUAGGGCGGGACGACGUGGCGCGCUUCUUAAUUCCAGGCGUUGUCAUUGCCUGCGAGAACUCGCCAUCGAGCGUCACAAUAUCUGGGGACAAAGAGAAAGUCGAAUCGGUUCUACAAGUGAUUCGCACGGAGAAGCCUGAAGCGCUUGCCCGCGCCCUCAAGGUGGAUAAGGCCUACCAUUCCCAUCACAUGAAGGAAGUCGGCGAGCUCUACCAUAUCCUGACCUCUCGACGCGUCCACCGUGACCUGUACGACCCGGCCUCUGAAAAGGUCGGGCAGAAGCCUGUCUUCUUCUCCACCGUCACUGGCAAACAGUUACUCGAGACAGAUUUCUUGGAUUCCAGGUAUUGGCAGUCAAACCUCGAGUCGCCUGUCCUUUUCAGCACCGGAGUAGCCGGUCUUGUCGAACAGCACAACGCCAUCAGUAAGGCCGGCCUCCUGUUCCUGGAGGUAGGGCCUCAUUCAGCGUUAGGCGGGCCCCUCCGCCAGAUCCUGGCGGGAUACUCAACCAAAUACCCGUAUGCAUCUUGCCUUGUCCGUGCUAAAGAUGGAAAUGAGACGUUUCUUGCCGCCGUUGGUCAGCUUUGGCUGCAGAAUGCCUACGUCAACUUCAGCCGUUUGACCAACCCCAACGGAACUGCCCGCGUCCUCCCGGAUCUUCCUACCUACCCUUGGCAACACGACGACUCCCACAUGCUCGAAAAUCGUAUCGCCGAUGAGUGGCGUUUUCGAAGAUUUCCAAAACACGAGCUUCUCGGCAUCCGGGUAUUGGAGAGCACCGACAGUGAGCCUGUCUUUAGAAACGUCCUAUCCCUCACCCAUGUGCCCUGGAUCCAGGACCACAACAUCAAAGGUGACGUGGUGUUUCCAUGCGCAGGCUAUAUCAGCAUGGCCGGUGAGGCGGCUCGCCAGUUGCACGGCAAAGGGUUUACGGGUUUCGGUCUGCGUCAGGUCGUCAUCGACACGGCAUUGAUUCUCACUGAUUCCAAACCGACCGAGAUCAUCACCAGCGUGCGCCGGUUGUCGCUGACCGACGCCCUGGAUAGCGACUGGUGGGACUUUUCCGUCAGCUCAUACAACGGUACCUCAUGGGCAAAGCAUUGCUCCGGGCAGUUCUCUGCCUUGGCCAGCCAGCCGUCCAAUGGUGGGAAGGACGUUACAUCAAGACUUCCGCGCCUGGUUGAGCCUGCUAAGUGGUACCAGGCACUGCGAAACGUUGGGGCAAACUAUGGAGACUAUUUCCAAGGUUUGGCCAACUUGUCAUGCUCGACUAUGCAACACAUCUCCAAGGGGACAGCGACACAUACCGACGACGGUGAUGAGGCAUUCUACUGUGUCCACCCGACCAAGGUCGACUUCUUCCUCCAGCUGUUCAGCGUUGCUGCCACCAACGGCCUGGCACACAAACUGAACAAGAUGAAUGUUCCAACGUUCAUCAAGCAUAUGGAAGUGUACGGCUGCACCUCGGAGAUCCACAUGGCCAUCCAGGCGACGGAGAGUCGACGUGGGGUAAUCCAGGGCGGAGGUGACGGGCUCAGCGCCGAUGGCAACGUCGUUCUUAGGAUGGAAGGUGUGAAGUUGAGCCCCAUCGAAGGAGGCGAGGGGGCCGAGGAUCUCGACCCUCACGCUGGGGCAAGAAUGUUCUGGCGGCCAGAUAUAGAUUUCGUCGAUUCCACGUCGAUGGUCGCCCCUGUGCCCGGACAGCUCAAGUAUCUACCUCUUUGCGAGGAGCUAUACCGGCUCAGCGCCCACGAGGCGCUCUCCCGGAUCGAAGGCAUCUCAAUCGAUUCCCCCCAUCUACGCAAGUUCAAGGCAUGGAUGGAGAAGCAACCUGCCCCCAAGCCUGAGAGCUCCCUGGACCAGCUGAGAAACGCUCUGGCUCCCACCUCGCUGAAAUGUCUGGCGGAUGGCAUCACCAAAGUUCUCGACAAUAUCAUCCCUCUAUUCAAGGGUCAGGUCGAUCCCAUUGCAGUCAUGUCGGAAGACAAUACCCUCGGAAAAAUCUACAACUACUUCGAUCUCUGCGACCGGCACGAACUCUUUCAGACCAUUGCGCACGCGAAGCCAAAUCUGCGUAUACUCGAAGUGGGCGCUGGAACGGGCGGUACUACCGGCAGCCUGCUUCGGAGCCUUACAAACCCGUCAAGUGGCACCCUCAUGUACUCCCACUACGCAUACACCGAUAUCUCGGCGGCAUUUUUCAGCGCUGCCAAAGAGCGCUUCAGGGACUAUCCCAACAUGACAUUCCAAGCACUGGACGUCAGCAAGGACCCAUCAGCGCAAGGCUUUGAGGAGGGUUCUUACGACCUCGUCGUCGCCGCCAACGUCCUGCACGCUACUCCCAGCCUCCGCGAGACGCUGGCCAAUGUGCGUAGACUUCUCCACCCCGAGGGCCGCCUUUACAUGGAAGAGUUAUGCCCGGACAACAAAGCCGUCAAUUUUGUUAUGGGUGUUUUUCAGGGCUGGUGGUACGGUGUCAAUGAUCAACGCGUGGAUGAGCCGUAUGUUCCACCCGGGGUAUGGGAUAAAGCUCUGCGGGAGGCCGGCUUCGCAGGUCUGGAGCACGUCAACCUCGACAAUAUCCGUCCUGCGCAGCUGAAUGCUUUCAUGACAACCAAGCCAGCCGUCCAACCACAAAUGCGCCGAGCCGUGACCAUUCUAUACAGUGAUGCGGCCAUGGAAGUGGCUACACUGCUCAAGAGUAAGCUAGAGCUGGGCGGCUAUAGGGCCGAGUUGCAUGAUUUUGGUGGGCCUGGCAUACCCAAGGAGAACGACCUGAUCUCGGUGGUCGACCUCGAGACGCCCUUCUUUGAGAAUAUCACCCAGGAAUCCUUCGUGGUGUUCCGCGACUUUGUCUCCGAGCUCUCCACACGUGGAAACGGCCUGUUCUGGCUUACGCGCUCAUCGCAGGUUGCGGCCCGGGACCCUCGCUGGGCGCAGACCAUCGGCACAAUGAGGUCGAUCCGUUCCGAAUUAAACGUGGAUCUUACCACCUGCGAGAUAGAUGAGACAGAUGGCAAAAGCCUUUCCGCAGCCUUGAAAGUAUUUCAGAAGUUUCAGAAUCGCAGAUCAGAUCCGAACUUGCUCCCAGACUAUGAGUACGCCAUCGCAGAUGGAGUGGUGCACAUCCCUAGACUAUACCCUGCCACGAUCAACAAAGAGCUCAGAGGAUAUGCGCAACUUGAAGGACCGGAAGUGGGAUCUGAUGUAACGAUCGGACAGUUCGGACGACUGAACACCUUGGGCUGGACGGCAACUCCGGUGAGAGACCUCGGCCCAGAUGAUGUCCUAGUUGAGACGAAGGCCCUCGGCAUGAACUUCAAGGAUGUACUGAUCGCCAUGGGCAUUAUCGAAGGCCGUGACACGGCGACGCUCGGCCUUGAAGCCAGCGGAGUCGUGCGCAAGAUUGGCCCUGGCGUUCGAGACCUCUCCCCGGGCGACAGAGUCUUCCUGAUCGGGGAAGGCUGUUUCUCAACAGAGCUGGUGCUGCCGCGAAAGCUAUGCGCCAAGAUACCGGACUCUCUGAGUUUCGAGGAUGCCGCAACCAUGCCUUGCGUCUUCACCACUGUCAUCCACGGCCUUCUUGAGCUCGGGCGUCUCAAGGAAAAGGAUACGGUACUGAUCCACUCGGCUUGUGGCGGCGUCGGCAUCGCGGCCAUUCAGGUGGCGAAAAUGGUCGGAGCUGAGAUCUACUGCACUGUGGGCAACGACGAGAAGGUCCAAUAUCUGAUGUCCACAUUCGGAAUACCACGGAACUGCAUCUUCAAUUCGCGAGAUGAAUCCUUCCUGAAAGAUGUCAUGACCGAGACAGACGGGCGGGGAGUCGACAUCGUCCUGAAUUCCUUGUCGGGCGAACUUCUCCAUACAUCCUGGAAAUGUGUCGCCGAGUUCGGAAAGAUGAUCGAAAUCGGAAAGCGCGACCUCGUCGGCAACGGGAAGCUGGCUCUGAACGUUUUCGAGCUGAACAGGAGUUAUCACGGUCUCUGCCUCGGUCACAUCAUGGCACUGAGAAUGGACGAAGCCAACAGCCUGCUCAACCGAGUAAUCGAAUACUAUGAGCAGAAUUACAUCCGUCCCAUUCGACCCGUCAAAGUCUUCCCGGCCGACGCGGUCGAAAGCUGCUUUCGGUACAUGCAAAAGGGCCAGCACAUGGGGAAGAUUAUCAUCUCGCUGGAGCAACCAGAAGCUCAGGCGCUGACACAGAAGCAACCAACCCAGACAAUCCGACUCCGUGGUGAUGCUUCUUACCUGCUCGUCGGCGGCCUGGGCGGUCUCGGGCGCGUCGUGUCCAACUGGAUGGUCGAACACGGCGCCGGCCAUUUGAUCUUCCUUUCGCGCCGCUCUGGCGAGAGGGCCGAGGACCAGGCCCUCUUCGACGAGCUGCGUAGCCAAGGCUGCACAGUGACUGCCAUAAAAGGCAGCGUCACAUCCCCUGCCGACGUGGAGCGCGCCAUCUCGGCCGGUGGGGCCUCCCUCAAGGGCGUACUCAACAUUUCCAUGGUCCUACGAGACCAAAGCUUCACAAAGAUGUCCUACGACGACUGGGUCCAGAGUGUGGGUCCCAAAGUCCAGGGCACCUGGAACCUCCACCGUGCUACCGUCGACCGUGGGCUUCAUCUCGAUUUCUUCGUCCUCUUCAGUUCUAUUUCGGGCAUCGUAGGGCAGCGGGGCCAGUCCAACUACGCCGGAGCCAACACGUUCCUGGACAGCUUCGUGCAAUACCGCCAGUCUCUCGGACUCAACGCCUCUGCUGUCGAUAUUGGUGUUAUGCUCGACCAUGGCUACGUCGCCGACAAUCCCAUGGUGCGCGAGCGUUUCUUGUCGCAGGGUUUCUACGGUGUCCGCAUCGCCGAGAUGCUCGACGCCAUCACCGCCGUCAUCAGCGCCUCACGCUCCGACGUGGGGGUCGACAACAGCACGAAUACCCAGCUGUUCGUUUGUCGCAGCCAGCUCGUCAUCGGACUGCGCAGCACCACUCCCAUGACCGACCCUUCCAAUCGUGUCCCCUGGAAGAACGAUCGGCGCAUAGGUAUCUACUUGAACAGCAGCUCCCAAGCAUCGGCGGCUGGCUCGGCCGCCGCGUCGAGCGAGCUGGCUUCCUUCAUAUCAUCGGCGAUCGGCAAUCCGGCCAUUCUCGCCCGGUCGGACGCACCAGUCUUCGUGGCGGUGCAGAUUGCGAAGCAGCUUCUUAGGCUCCUGAUGAAGCCGGUCGAAGACGACACUGAAAUUGAUGUUAGCCGAUCCCUGCAGGAAAUGGAGUUUGACAGCCUUGUGGCAGUCGAGAUGCGGAGCUGGUGGAAAUCUACCUUUGGUUUUGACAUCAGCGUUUUGGAAAUGCUGGGGGCGGGCAGCAUGAGAGCCUUGGGCGAUAAGGCGGUGGAAGGGCUCAAGAAGCGGUUUGGUGAGCCUGACGCUGUGAACGACUCCGGCGCGGACCAGGCCAUGUGGAAAGAGGCUCUUUUGACGAAAAUGCCGUAA